AUGCCACCUUCAGAAACUUAUGUUUCAAAAGCAAAUUUAGAAUCAGUCAAAAGAAGCUUAGAAUAUAAAAUCACAGAAGAGGCCAAACAAACAAGGCACUUAUUUGCAUCCCACAAUAAUAUAGGAGAUAUUAACAAAAUCAUGCAAGAAGAAAACUUAGAUGACAUGCCCAAAUUAAACUUAGAAGAUUUCCAACAGUUCGAUAACGAAUUAAAAAAUAACUUGGAGUUGAUAAAAAAGCUGAAAUGUUUUAUGUUGAUUACCAUUAAAAGUGGAGAUAAAUUAUCUGAAAGUUUAAAAGCAGUUAUUCCGAGAAUAAUUUCGAAGGAAGUACAAUUAUUAUAUAGUGCUUUUGGGAGGGAAACUAAUGGAAGCAAGAAACUGAACUUUUCUGGGACACAAUCAUACAAAUACUUAUUAGAAACCAUUACUACCAAAGACCCUAAUUUAAAACUAAAGGAUAUUUCAAGCCAACUAAGCCGUUGGUUUUCGGGUGCCAAGGACCGUGAAGGUGGAAAGAAAGAAAGGAUAUUUAAGAAAAUGAAACACAGCCUUAGUAGAGAAGAUAAAAGUGAUUAA